AUGAAGUUUGGACGUACCAUCAAGACGUCCUUGUAUCCUGAAUGGGAGUCGCAGUAUCUGCAGUACUCGGACCUCAAGAAGGAGAUCAAGAGGCGCUUGGCUGAGAACCAGGGCAACUGGACGGACAAGGAUGAGGACGAGUUCGUCGAGGAGCUGCGCAUGGAGCUCGACAAGGUGUACUCAUUCCAGAAGAGCAAGGUAUCCGAGCUGACCGGUCGCAUUGAGCAGGUGAACACCGAGGUGAACCAGCUGCUUGCGGCGCGUGCGGCGGCGGAGCAGAGCCAUGAGCAUGGACAUGGCCGCGGCGAGCGCUCCGGUGCCAGCUCGUCCUCGCAGCCGGCGCCCGCGGAGACCGCUGCUGGCGCAGACGAGCACCACGGCCAGCACCGCGAGGUGAUGUACCAGGCGCGCCACAACGCUGGCUCGGAUGACGAGUUUGACAGCGACAGCGACGAGACGGACCAUUUUGAGGAGCGCUUCCUGGACCUGGAGGAGCAGCUGGCGAAUGUGAUUGCGGACGUGCACGACCUGGCCCUGUUUACGAAGCUGAACUACACAGGCUUCUUGAAGAUCGUCAAGAAGCACGACAAGCAGACGGGCCGUCUGCUGCGCAAGGAGUUUGUGCAGCACUACCUGAGCACCCGUCCGUUCUACAAGGAGAACUACGACGCGCUCAUUGUCAAACUGUCGAAGAUGUUCGACAUCGUGCACACACGCGGCCACCCUGUGAAGGGUGACUCGAGUGCGGGUGGCUCGCAGAGUGCGUUUGUGCGUCAGACGACCAAGUACUGGGUCCACCCCGAUAACAUUGUGCCGCUGAAGCUGUUUAUCCUGAAGCACCUGCCUGUGCUCGUCUUCAACUCGGAGAAGGAAUACCAGACGGAGGACAGCGCCAUUACGUCGAUCUACUACGACAACGAGGACCUGGAGCUGUACCUCGGCCGUCUGGAGAAGACAGAGGGUGCCGAGGCGAUCCGUCUGCGCUGGUACGGCGGUAUGGACAACAAGACCAUUUUCGUGGAGCGCAAGACCCACCGCGAGGACUGGACCGGCGAGAAGAGUGUCAAGGCGCGCUUCCCCAUCAAGGAGGAGCAGGUGAAUGCGUAUAUGCGCGGCGAGUUCCGCAUGAACGACACGUUCGAGGAGAUGCGCAAGAAAGGCAAGAAGUCGGACAAAGAGAUCGACUCGAUGAUCCAGCUGGCCUCGGAGGUGCAGUACGCGGUGCUCUCGCGCAAGCUGCAGCCGGUCAUGCGCUCCUUCUACAACCGUACGGCGUUCCAGCUGCCGGGCGAUGCGCGGGUGCGUAUCUCGCUCGACACGGAGCUCACGCUGGUGCGCGAGGACAACUGGGACGGCAAGCAGCGCUCGGGCGACAACUGGCGCCGCAUGGACAUUGGCAUCGACUAUCCGUUUGAGCAGCUGCCCGAAGGCGACGUCGAGCGCUUCCCGUACGGCGUGCUGGAGGUGAAGCUGCAGACGCAGAUGGGCCAGGAGCCGCCCAAGUGGGUGCGUGAGCUGGUGUCGAGCCAUCUCGUGGAGGCGGUGCCCAAGUUCUCCAAGUUCAUCCACGGCUGUGCGACGCUCCUGUCGAACCGUGUGGACCUCGUGCCCUUCUGGCUGCCGCAGAUGGAUAUUGAUAUUCGCAAGCCGGUGUCGAUGGACCUGGCGCUCGACCGGCCCCACCACAGCGCGUCGAACUCCGAGUCGAGCCAUGGCCAGGGCAAGCUGCCCCACUUUGAGCCGGUGAGCGAGGACGAGUUCGAGGGCGACGACGAGCACCUUGAGUCGCGCAUUGCAAACGCACAGCAGGAGGCGGACAAUGUUGGAUUGUCGGCGUUUGACCCCCGCAUCAAGGAGAUCCGUGCGCAGCGCGAGAAGUACCUCGUGGAGCACCGCCGCGAGUCGGAGGGUGCACAGAAGGCGGCGUCGUCGGCGCCCAUCAAGGACACGUCGGCGUCGCGCUCUGACAAGGACAAGCCUGUGCCGAUGAGCCGCGCGGAUAUUCUUGCGCCGUCGUCCGUGUUCGACAAGAACUACCUGCACAAGGUCGGCAACAACCUGAGCAAGCUGUGGCAACACGGCCAGCCCAAGGACGAAGACGAGGACGACGAGGACGACGAUGAGCGUGCGAUCCGUGCUCUGCAGGGCCGCGACGAGGAGGAGCCGCGCGGCAAGGGCACCGGCCCGCCGAAGGGCGUCGAGUACGUCACCGAGUUCCACGCGGAGCCCGGCAAGAAGGUGUCGGUGCCGAUCCGCAUUGAGCCCAAGGUGUACUUUGCCAAUGAGCGUACGUUCCUCAAGUGGCUGGAGCUAAGCGUGCUGCUGGCCUCCAUCGCCACGGGUCUGCUCAACUUCCAGCGCGCCGGCGACACGGGCGGUCUCGCAACGAGUGCCGUGUUCACGCUCGUGGCGCUGUUCGCCGUGGCCUACUCGGGUGUGCUGUACAUGUGGCGCGCGUUCAAGAUCCGCGAGCGCAGCGCGUCGAACGUCUACUCGGAUCCCUACGGCCCGACCCUCCUGUGCAUUGCCAUUCUCAGCGCGACGGCCAUCAACUUUUUCCUGCGCUCGAUCGAGUCGCAGGACGCCCGCCUCCAGCGCGGCGUGCUCAACUAA